AUGAGGUGCAAUGCCUGGCCCAAUGCCAGACGGGCCAAGCCGCAUCAUUGCUAUAAUCCGGAAUAUGUCCUCUUCUUUUUGAUCCGCACCCCGUCGUCCACUACACCUCCUCCUCUCCCACAUCCACCCCUCCCUCCCAUAUCCACCCCUCCCUCCCAUAUCCACCCCUUCCCUCCAACCACCCACCCCCCUCCUCGGCCAACUAUGUCCACGCCCCUCCCCCCUUCUUCCGUGGAGCGGUACAGCCGCCAGCUCCUCCUCCCGACCUUCGGCGUGCGCGCGCAGACGAAGCUGCAGACCUCGCGUGCGCUAAUCGUAGGCUGCGGUGGACUCGGCAGCCCCGCGCUGUUGUACCUCGCGGGCGCAGGCGUGUCCGUAUUGGGGUUAGUCGACCGUCCUCACGACGUGGUCGACCGCUCCAACCUGCACCGCCAGAUCGCGCACGCGGACGCACGCGUCGGCCAGAGCAAGGUUGCCUCUGCCGCCGCGGCCGCGCGCGCGCUCAACCCGCACGUCGUCAUCGAGACGCACGCCGAGUUCGUCGCGCGCAACGCCGUCGAGCUCGUGUCCACGUACCACGUGGUCCUCGACUGCACCGACAACGUCGCUGCACGCUACCUCGUCAGCGACGCGUGCGCGGCCGCGAAGGUCCCGCUCGUGUCCGGCGCGGCCAUCGGCAUGGAGGGGCAGCUCACCGUGUACUGCGCGGGCGCCGAUACACCGUGCUAUCGCUGCGUCUUCCCCGCGCCCCCGCCCCCGUCGUGCGUCGGGAGCUGCGAUGCCGCAGGCGUGCUCGGGCCCGUCCCCGGCGUCAUUGGGACUAUGCAGGCGCUCGAGGCGCUUAAGUUGCUGGGCGGUAUUGAGAAGACUACCACGUUGAGGCGAAAGCUCUUGCUCUUCGAUGCCGCGGAUUCCGCGUUCAGGACUGUCAAGUUGAGACCGCGGGCUAGAGAGUGCCCCGCAUGUGGGGAUGAGCCCUCGAUUGAGGUUGCGCGGUUUGCCUACGAAGCCUUCGCCUUGGGGAGGGAUGGCAAGGCUCCAGUUGGAGGCGUGACUGUCGAGGCCCCGGCAGCGAAUGCAGUGCCUGGUUUGGACGGUUUGCGAAUAUCUGCGGAGAAGUUUGCAGGGAUUCGGAAGGACGCCUCCAAGUAUCGCCUCAUUGAUGUUCGACCGGAAGCUGAGUUUGCUAUGUGUCAUCUGGAAGAAGCCAAGAGCUACCCGCUGGCCGACUUGCCUUCUUCCGGUGUACUUGUAGAAGGUGAUGACGCAGAUACUGUCCAGACGAUAUUUAUAUGUAGAAGAGGAAACUCGAGCCAGAAGGCUCUAAAGCUAGCAGUGGAGAGAGGUAUGCAGAAUGCCGUAGAUGUCAUCGGAGGUCUUCAAUCAUGGCAUCAUAAAGUAGACGCCAACUUCCCACUCUACUGA